GAAAUUGUUAGUUCUAAUAUUGUAUGUAUGUCUUACUUUUUUAUUUCGGAAAUGUUAUUCAGACUUAUGCGAAUGAUUUACUUAGCAUAAUGGAAGUAGUAUGAUUAGCAUUUAGCUUAGUACUCUCUUAAAUACAGUUACAUGUAGAAUCUGUCAACGGAGGAAUAGAUGAUAAGCGUAUUCGAACACAUGAGGGCGUUUGUUUUCAAAAAUGCAUUGUCGGCAAGUGGCAUGUGCGCACAGAAUGAUUGGUUACCGUGUCACUGUUUUAAUCGGACUUCACGAAAUCAGAUUAAGAUUAAGAUGGAGCCAUUAAUCCACCUACCACUGACGACUUCUUGCCAGCAUUUUCAAAGAUGCUACGUCGGACCACUGGUAAUGAAGACAUUGAAGUUGAAUAUCAGAAGUCCUGCCGUUGUUGUUACACAAGAACGGGAACAAUUUAUUUGCACUGUAUGGCCUAGGCCUGAUCAAAAGGAAGGUUUUAUUCAAAUAGAUGCCUCAGUAACCCUAUCAUUUGAUGCAUUCCUGAAGCAACCUGUAUUGAGAAGGAACCAUGAAAGAAGACAUUACAACAUCCGUCCAAUUGAGAACCUCAAAAGAUUAUCACAACUGGAUAUUAGGUUGCUAGCUGAUGGAUCUUCAGAUUUAUGUAAUUUUGCAAAUUGUACAUCUCAGCUUAAAACUGUACUUGAACAUUUAAUUGUAAGAGAGCAUUGUGUGGUGUCAAUGACACAGUUUGACCCCCUUGCAAGACAGCUUGGUAUAUCAGCAUUCAUUGUAGAAAAUUUCCUUAUAGAGUCUGAUGGCAGCUCUGGCAAUGAGAAAAGGAAUCCUGGUGACCUUGGAUAUGGAAUAGUGACACAAAGGACAGAAAUAAAGAUUGUAGAUUGCACUAGUCUUGAAAAGCUGGUUCUCUCUGUUAAGAGAAAAAGACCACUCAUUGGUGCUUUAUCUGAAGAGCAUAACUUUCUCAAAGAUCUAAUUAUUGGUUGUUUCCAUCAAAGAGAGAUAUUUAAAAGAAUAGGAAUAACUGUUCCCAAAGGCAUCCUGCUACAUGGACCUCCAGGAGUUGGGAAGACAUUACUAGUAAAAUCAGUGGCAGAAGAUUGUGGUGCAGUUAUUGUUGUUGUUAAUGGCUCUGAGGUAUUUGGCCCACAUCCGGGAGAGAGUGAGGAAAAUUUACGGAAGGCAUUCCAAAAGGCACAGAAAAAAUCGUCUGAAGGAGCAGUGAUCCUGUUCAUUGAUGAACUUGAUGCCCUCUGUCCCAAGAGGGGAAUGGACAGUGAAUCCCAUGAAAAUCGUAUAGUGGCCCAGUUGUUGACACUAAUGGAUGGCAUCAGAGAAAAACAUGAUUUUGUUGUGAUUGGUUCAACAAACAGACCCAAUGCUAUUGACCCAGCAUUACGCAGACCAGGAAGAUUUGAUAGGGAGAUCAUUAUAAGUGUUCCAAGCACUGAGCAAAGAAAGGCUAUAUUGUUAGUGCAUACUGAGAAUCUUCAACUGUCUCCAAAUGUGAGAUUGGAUGAAUUAGCAGAACAGACCAAUGGCUAUGUAGGUGCAGAUCUGGCAUCACUCUGCAGAGAAGCAUCUUUCCGAGCUCUACGCAAAAUUAAUUUUCUGAAUAUCUGCCAAGCAGAACUUGAUCAGCAGUCGAAACCAGUUUUGAAUUGGGAAGAUUUCCAGCAGGCCCUGGCAUCAAUUACACCAUCAACACAAAGGCAGACAACUUGGAAGGUUGAUCUUAGACCAGUGUCAUGGGAUGAAAUUGGUGGACUGGAUGAUGUAAAGAUAAAAUUGAAGCAGGAUUUAGAGUGGCCUCUCCAGCAUGCAGAAUCUUUCACUAAGCUAGGGAUACAGACACCAAAAGGAGUUCUACUUUAUGGCCCUCCAGGUUGCUGUAAAACAACACUGAUAUUUCAUCAUGCACGAAUUGGAGCUCCGUCAAUCAUUUUCUUUGAUGAAAUUGAUUCUAUUAUUGGUAACAGAUCAGGUGGCGGUAAGAAGGGAGUGCAGCAGAGGGUCUUGGCUACCCUUCUGACUGAGAUGGAUGGAUUGGGUGCAUCUAUUCAGGACCGUAUUGGUGGAAAGAAGAAGAUUUGUGAAGACGAACAAGCUGAAUAUGAUGUGAAGUUAGAAAAAAGAAGCAACAUAAAUAAAAAUAUAAUAUUGGUUGCUGCCACCAACAGGCCAGAAUUGAUGGACAGUGCCCUCAUGAGACCAGGAAGGAUAGACAGGUGUGUGUACGUGCCACCGCCAGAUCAGCAGGCCAGACAUAAGAUCUUGCAGGUGUACACCAAGAAAAUUCCAAAAAAAGAGGAGCUAGAUCUGGAACAACUUGCAGAGAGUACACACCUUUAUAGUGGUGCUGAUCUUGAGAAUUUGUGUAGAGAGGCUGCCCUGAUUGCUCUUCAGCAAGACGGAUUAGACGCAUGUGGUAUCAGACAGGCUCACUUUUUAGCAGCAUUGCAGGCAACUAAACCAUCUUUAUCAACAGGCCAAAUAGACAAGUAUAGUAAAUUUAGAAGUGAGAGAAGUUGAUGUAUACUAAAUGGAUCAAUUAAAUUUAUAAAACUGUUUUGACAAGUAGGAGCAGAAAUGCAUGAAAUAAAUUUACUAUUUUGCAAUUUUAA